GCCAAGCUUGCUACCCCACCACCGCCACCUGUUCCUCUUCCUCCGUUCUCCUUCUCUUUCACUCCCUCCCUCCGCUGUUGCUUUUUCUGCUGAAUAACUCCCUCUUUUCUGCAACUUUUUCUCUUCAAUCUUCCCAGUUUUCUUCAAUUCUUCUCAUUCAUUCCUCAAUUCCAGUUCUCCAAACCCCACCACCAAUUUCAAUUUUCACACCGCCCCAUUUCUCAAAAUCGCUUAAUUUCACUUUCCCCCUUCAAAACCCUACAUGCUUAAUUGCUUAUACCCUUUUCAUUUCACAUACACAGUUAUAAUCUUUCUCUGUGAACGAGUUUGUUUACCUUCUUUUUAAUGGCUAACACUCUUCACAAACCCCUUUCCAUACUCCUAUACUACACAGCUUUUGUUUUUGCUUUUGCUUUUGCUAUUGCUUCUGAGUUACCCUUACCCACUCAAUUCUCGAUCACCGAUCAUGAAUUCGAGUCAUUCUACAACGAUUACACACCGCCGUCGCCGCCUCCGCCACCGCCGCUACCUCAUCCGCCGUCAGUUUCAUGCGAAGAUGGUCUCAAGGGGGUUGGGUCAUUGGACACCACCUGCGAUCUCAAUUCCAGUUUGCUCUUCGAUGGUGAUGUUUACAUAGAGGGGAACGGAAGCCUCAACGUGCUUCCUGGUGUGAAUUUGAGUUGUCCAGUUUUGGGUUGUGUGAUUUUCAUCAACGUGAGUAGGGAAUUCAGUUUGCAAAGUGGUGCUGGGUUGAUUGCUGGCACGGUUUAUGUGUGGGCGCAGAAUGCUAGUUUGUUUGAUGGGUCUGUGGUGAAUGUGACUGGGUUAGCCGGGGCGCCGCCGCCGCAGACGAGUGGUACGCCGUCAGGGACUCAGGGUGCCGGUGGAGGGCAUGGUGGGAGAGGUGCUACUUGUGUGUCAGACAAUACAAAGCUUCCUGAUGAUGUUUGGGGUGGGGAUGCGUACUCUUGGUCCUCAUUGAAUGAGCCUUGGAGCUAUGGGAGUAAGGGAGGGACCACUAGUAAAGAUGAGAAGUAUGGUGGGGAAGGAGGUGGCAGAAUUAAGUUUAAUGUGACUGACUCCUUACAAGUGUCUGGGGAUCUUUUGGCAGAUGGAGGUGAUGGCGGGAUCAAAGGUGGAGGAGGUUCUGGUGGCAGCAUUUUUAUCUUGGCUCAUAGAAUGACUGGAACUGGCAGAUUUAGUGCUACCGGAGGUAGUGGCUUUGCUGGCGGUGGAGGAGGAAGAAUUUCAAUUAAGGCCGUUAGCAGACAUGACACUACACAAUUCUUCAUUCAUGGAGGAGAGAGUCUUGGAUGUUCUGGCAAUGCUGGUGCUGCAGGCACAUAUUAUGAUGCUGUUCCUCGAAGUCUUACUAUUUGCAAUCGUAACUUGUCUACUCAAACUGAUACACUUAUCUUAGAGUUUCCUAAGGCACCUCUCUGGACAAAUGUGUAUAUCCAGAAUCAGGCCAAGGCAUUGUUUCCUUUAUAUUGGAGCCGUGUUCAGGUUGGUGGGCUAAUUCGUUUGACAUCUGGAGCUUCUUUAAGCUUUGGUCUUGCUCAUAUUGGUACAUCAGAGUUUGAGUUAAUGGCAGAAGAACUUCUGAUGAGUGACUCUGUGAUCAAGAUAUAUGGAGCUCUUCGUAUGUCUGUCAAGAUUCACCUGAUGUUGAAUUCCAAGAUGCUUAUAGAUGCUACUAAUGGUGAUUUAAUUGUUCAAACAUCCAUAUUUGAAGCUAGCAACUUAGUAGUUCUCAAGGAUUCAUCUGUUAUUCAUUCUAAUGCAAAUCUGGGACUUCAUGGACAAGGCUUUUUGAAUUUGUCUGGACCUGGAAAUUUGAUUGAAGCGCAACAUCUGGUUUUAUCAUUAUUUUUUAGUAUCCAAGUUGGGUCUGGAUCUGUUUUAAGAGGUCCUUUAGCAGCUUCUGGUGAAGAUAACGUAACGGCAGCACAACUCUACUGUGAAGUUGAAAAUUGCCCUGUGGAAUUGCUUCAUCCUCCUGAAGAUUGUAACGUGAAUUCUUCAUUGGCUUUCACACUUCAGAUAUGUCGGGUUGAAAUUGUUACAGUAGAAGGCACCAUAACUGGGUCUGUUGUCCACUUUCACUGGAUUAGAAGUGUAGAUGUCCAAGAUUCUGGAGUUAUCAGUGUGUCUGGUCUGGGUUGUACUGGUGGGUUGGGUCGGGGAAGGUAUUUUGAAAAUGGUAUUGGUGGUGGAGGUGGGCAUGGAGGAUAUGGUGGGGAUGGAUAUUACAACGGCAAUUUUAUUGAGGGUGGUACCGCAUAUGGGGAUACUGAUUUACCCUGUGAACUUGGUAGUGGCAGUGGAAAUCGUAGCCUGGCUGGUGCAACUGCAGGUGGUGGCAUUAUUGUGAUGGGUUCAUUGGAGCACUCAUUGUCAAGUUUGACUUUGAAUGGAUCACUAAGAGCCGAUGGAGAAUCCUUUGGAGAAGACGUGAGAGGGCAGGGUGAUAGGAUUACUUCAACCAUUGGUCCUGGCGGUGGCUCUGGUGGAACUGUUCUUUUGUUUGUUCAGACAUUGAUUCUCGGUGGCUCUUCUGUAAUCUCAACUGCUGGAGGACAAGGGAGUCCUAGUGGUGGUGGGGGUGGAGGUGGAGGAAGGGUUCACUUUCAUUGGUCUAAUAUUCUAGUUGGAGAUGAAUAUGUCCCUUUAGCGAGUGUUCAGGGGAGCAUUAUUACCGGAGGUGGAUUUGGUGGAGGUCAGGGUCUUCCUGGAAAAAAUGGAUCUAUCAGUGGAACUGCUUGUCCCAGAGGGCUUUAUGGUAUCUUUUGUGAGGAAUGCCCUGUUGGCACUUAUAAAAAUGUCAGUGGGUCUGAUAGAGCACUUUGUCAUGGUUGCCCGCCUCAUGAGCUUCCACAUCGUGCUGCGUAUAUUUCUGUUCGAGGUGGUGUGGCAGAGACUCCUUGUCCAUACAAGUGCAUAUCUGAGAGAUAUCACAUGCCAAACUGUUAUACAGCUUUUGAAGAGUUGGUAUACACUUUUGGCGGGCCAUGGCUUUUUGGUCUUCUUCUCUUAGGUCUCCUUGUCCUGUUUGCUCUAGUUCUCAGCGUUGCACGAAUGAAAUAUGUAGCUGGAGAAGAUUCACCAGCUAUAGCGCCUGCUCGAAAUGACACUCGAUUGAACCACUCUUUCCCUUUUCUGGAAUCACUGAAUGAGAUUAUUGAAACAAAUAGAAGUGAGGAAUCUCAAAGUCAUGUGCAUAGGUUGUAUUUCCAGGGCCCAAAUACAUUCAGUGAACCUUGGCAUCUACCUCAUUAUCCCCCAGAGCAAGUGAAAGAUAUCGUAUAUGAAGAUGCCUUCAAUAGAUUUGUGGAUGAGUUUAAUAGUUUGGCUACUUAUAACUGGUGGGAAGGGUCUAUAUAUAGCAUCCUUUGCAUCAUUGCAUAUCCCCUUGCUUGGUCAUGGCUGCAGAGGUGUCGGAGAAUGAAAUUGCAGAAACUUCGUGAAUUUGUUCGGUCAGAGUAUGACCAUGCUUGCUUGCGUUCUUGUCGCUCACGAGCCCUUUAUGAAGGGAUGAAGGUAGCUGCAACGACUGAUCUGAUGCUGGGAUAUCUAGACUUCUUUCUUGGCGGGGAUGAGAAAAGACCUGAUCUGCCUCCUCGUCUUCACCAAAGAUUCCCCAUGGCUGUAAUUUUUGGAGGAGAUGGAAGUUAUAUGAGUCCUUUCUCUCUUCAAAGUGAUAAUAUUCUUACUAGCAUCAUGAGUCAGUCUAUUCCACCAACUAUAUGGUAUCGAUUAGUGGCUGGUCUUAAUGCUCAAGUGCGCGUAGUUCGCCGUGGACAUCUAAAAAUAACUUUCGGCUCUGUUAUCAGCUGGCUCGAUAUAUAUGCAAACCCUACGUUGGCUAGAUAUGGCGUACGUGUUGAUCUUGCUUGGUUUCAGCCGACAGCUUCUGGAUAUUGCCAAUUUGGACUGGUAGUACAUGCUACUGAGAAUGAAAGCAGGUCAUCAUCAUGGGAAGGUUAUGAUGAUCCUAGAAUAGCUGGAAAGCAGCCAUGUCUUCUUAGGAGUCCCGGAAAUCCAGCGUGUCACAUGACAGGCAAUGAACAACUGUUGCUGCCUAGAAGGAUACCUGGUGGGAUAUUGCAUCCCAAGAGCCUAAGAACCCUUAAAGAGAAGAAAACUAUAUUCUAUCCCUUUGCUUUUAUUAUUUAUAAUACAAAACCUAUUGGCCAUCAGGAUCUAGUUGGGCUGGUUAUCUCUAUACUACUACUUGGAGAUUUUAUCUUAGUGUUGCUCACCUUACUUCAGAUGUACUCGCUGUCGCUGGUGUACUUCUUCUUAGUUUUAUUUAUCCUCCCCCUUGGUGUUUUAUUUCCAUUUCCAUCUGGAAUCAGUGCUUUGUUUAGUCAAGGACCCCGGAGAUCAGCCGGGCUUGCUCGUCUAUAUGCCUUGUGGAAUCUGACAUCCCUAGUCAAUGUUGUAGUUGCCUUAUUAUGUGGAUUUAUUCAUUAUACAGCUCAUUCAAAUAACAAGCAUUCCAACUUUCAACCCUGGAAUUUUAGUAUGGAUGAAAGUGAAUGGUGGAUGCUUCCUUCUGGUUUGGUCCUCUGCAAAAUCAUUCAAGCACGUCUUGUUGAUAUUCAUGUGGCUAACCAGGAAAUACAGGAUCCCUCAUUGUAUAGCAGUGACGCUAACGUCUUCUGGAAUUCUUAACUUGUCUUCCCCUUUUGUAUAUUUAUUAAAGUGUAGAGCUUAAUUAGGUGGGAGCAGCAGGAGUGAUGGUGUAAAUUGUAUAAUGUUAGGGAAAGUUCAUUACAUGAGGAUGUUUGGUGUGAAGUGCGCUGAUUACAUAAUUUGUUUGAUGAUCAUAGGGUACAGGUAAUAAUGUAAGGGACUUGGCCCUUUUGUAAAUGUUGAUGGUUCUGUUUGUGCAUUGUCUUGCCGCAAGACAAGAGCAUAUAAUGUUAAAAGUUUACAUGAUUACAAA